AAACAGGGGGAAACAGCUAGCCUGGCUCUGUCCAAAGGCGACAAAAUCGGCCUACCAGCACUUCUAAAGCUCCUUAAUUAACACAUUAUUUCUUGUUUGUUUAAUCUGUAAAAACCAAAGUGUUUCUUGACCGGGAGCAGAUGUCAGGCGACCAGUGGAGGGAAGUCACUGCUCCUGGCCAAGAAAUAGCGAACUGGUGUUUUUACACUUCAGUUUUUUUCAAAUAAGAUAUAAAACAUAUUAAUCAGUUAGCUUUAGAGGUGCUGGUAGGUGGAUUUUGUUACCGUUGGACAGAGCCAGGCUAGCUGUUUCCCCCUGUUUCCAGUCUUUAAGCUAAGCUAAGCUAAUCGCCUGCUGGCUGUAACUACAUAUGUACCGAAUAGACGUGCGAGAGGUAUUGAUCUUCUCAUCUAAAUCUCGCCAAGAAAACGAAUAAGCAUAUCUUCCAAAACCAUUCCUUUAAAUCUCCUUAAAUUUCCACAAAUAUAACAGAGGAUAGGUAUAUGGUAGCUGCAGCGCUGACUGAGAGUACAGGAAUUAGUCAUCAAUCCUUUUUUCAAAUCACAUAUUGUUGUGAAGCAGGGUUUCAGACUCUGAUUCUGAUGCUGCAGAGUUAUUAAAUCCAUUCAGAGGCAUCAGAAACUGCUUCAGGGAAGCUUCUAGAUUCAAACCUGAAACCGUCGGGUGAGCUGUGAUGCCGGUCGGGUCCCUGCAAAUGAUCACACACUUCUUGAACCAGUCUCGUCAGGUGUAUAGCUCAACACACACAUUUUUAAAAAAAAAAAAAAGAACUAAAGGAGAAAAAGUAAUCAACCUUGUUUUAUUUUUCUAUCGGUGCACGGUGUACAGCUACUGUCAGAAUCAAAAACCGGCUUUCUGAGCCGUUGUUGUUUUACUGUUUUUUAUUUCUGUUCCUUUUCGGUGGUGCUUUAGAUUCCUUCAUUUUCUAAUUUCUAGUGAUAUUUGAUUCUUUUCUUCUCUCUUUCUGUCUUCACCUGACUUUGUACCAGACUCUUGAUUGUCUUGAUUUCCUCCGCCGGGGCUUUGUACCUACAGUAAUACCAAUGUGAAACGUGUAUUCUCCUCAUGAUUUGACUCAGUGGAAGUGUGAUGUUUACAUGUACAGAUUUUUUGCGAUUCUUUCUGGGGUUUUAUUUUUGGGUUUGUUUGUUUGUUUUUCUGUUUCGUUUCCUCUCAUCUCUCUGUCCUUCUCCCUCCCCCCCUCUCUCUUUUUCCCCUCAUCCCUGUUGACUGACUCCUUCCUUACACGCUGAAGGGAAAUGGGACUGCGUCUAAACACAAUUAUCACCAUUUUCACACACAAGCCUAUCGCAUGAGGGGACGCGUUGACACUUUCAGUCGGUCACUUUUCUUCACCAGACACCUGCUUAGAUUUUUGGGGUUUUUUUAGCUCUGCAUCCUUUUAGAAAUGACUCGUUAGCAUUCAGUUAGCAUUCGCCUUUGAAAUGCUGAAGGUGCACCUAUGUUUCAUUGAGGAAUGCUAACAGUUAGUUUGUGAUUAUCAGUUCGCUGUGGACAAAAUGUUUUAAUUUUGUGCUUGAUGAAGAAACGUCACGCAGCUGAAAUUGAGAAGUGAGGCGUCCCCGGACGAAACCGAUUGUUUGGGGUGGGGGUGGGAGUCGAGCUGUGUGUUUGUUUGCCUCUGGGGGUGGGGGGGGGCUGACCUUUGACCUCUUGGCUAACUCCACAGCACACAAAAUCACAGUGGGGCCACAAUGACCCUCCACUGGUGUGACCAGGAUCCGGUGGAGAUGAUUCCUCAGUGAAUGAUAAGCCAUUACAGACCCUGUGUGUUGGGUCUCUUAGUCUAUUAGUAUAUUUAGCAAAACUUUAAACUGCAGAUGACAAAACUCAACCUCAGGAAAAACAAAAAACAAGGUCGCUUUUGUAAAAACAUGUCUAACUGAAGGCCCAUUUCCCUCUCUCUUUGAUACCAUAUAAAUUAUAUCAAAAAUUCUUUUUAUAUUUAUUGUGUUUAUUAUUAUAUAUAACAGUGGAUACCUUUUUUCCAGUAGCUGUGGCUAAAUAUUUUGAUUCUUUAGAAAAGUGUUGAUAAUAUAUGUGACGCAACGUAAACGAUCGAGGAAAAAAAAAAGAAGUUAAAAAAGAAAUCUAGGGUUAUUUUUUUCUGUUUGAUGACUACGUCGGAGCAGUACGGGCGUGUUUGUUUAGCCUAACAACGAGAACAUAUCACUCUGGUCCAUGACAAACCAAUGAUCGAAAAACUGAGCUUUCUUUUGUGUGAUGUCACUGCUAAAACUGAAAUGUUUCUGGACUUAAAAAAAAAAAUAAUUGUGACCAUUUAGUUUAGUUUUUUUGUUUUCUCCCGAGCUGUAUGUCACAAAGCUAAAUAUACUAAUAAAACGGUGUGCUAUCUAUCAAACAGAGCAACGUUUAUUCCUUCUUUUAUAUUUCUCACUGUUGACUGAAGGUGCACCGAUGAUUGUCACUUGAGUAUUUUCUGUUACUGUUACUACUUCUACUCCUCUACAUUUCAGAGGGAAAUAUUGCAUUCUUUACUACAUUUAUUUGACAGCUGUAGUGACUUUUCAUUAAGAUUUUACAUUUAAAAAAAACCCUCUGAUAAGGUAAUAAAAUACAAUGCAUUGUUGAAGAUUAAACCAGUGAUUUUUAAUUGUUUUGGCUUGUGAUCUCUUACAAAAAGCAGUGUCUAUUUGGGGCCUCCACUGAAAAGACAUUUCCCCUCUAACCUUAAAUGUAUCCAACAUUUCACAAAAAAAGCAAAGAUGAGAGAAAAGUCCACAAUAUAAAUACAAAUUUGUGUGUCAGAGUUUUUUCUUCGUUCCUCUCUCAUUAAUCAUCUCACGACCCCUCAGAUUUAUCUGGCGACCCUUUGGAGGGGCCCGACCCCGAGGUUGGGAACCUAAACUAGCUAACUGUAUAGACAGAAGUUAAAAUUAGCUCCACCUCAAGCAGCUACAACAGUAUAAUGCUGCUCUAACACUGCUGCAUGUCAGUUAAUAUUCUAAUAUAACAAUAUAUCAAUCACAGGGGACAUUUUACUGCAGAACGUGCUUUUACUUUUGAUACUUUAAGUACAUUUUGUUGAUAAUACUGUACUUAAGAAGGAUUUGAAUGCAGGACUUUAACUUGUAAUGGAGUAUUUCUACAUAGUUGUAUUGUUACUUUUAUUUAAGUAAACAGUGUGAUACUUCUUCCAUCACUGUCAGAAGGUUCUUGCAAGAGUUCAAAGCUCUCUCUCUCAUUCCUUUUUCACUCUUUUGCUGCAGUAUUGUAUUGAUCUCCCCUGUGAACUGAAACUGAACAACAGUCUGUGAUACGGAGACUUUGUUCAUUAGACUUCUGGUGCAACUGUAUCUUACAGAGUCAACGUGUACGCCGAGAAACGGAGCCUUUCACCAACUUAGAGCUGCUGUUCCAACUGAAAGAUUAAGAUUAGCGCUCAAACUGAAAAGCUUCCAUGUUGGAUUUGAACCAGUUUUAGGCUGAAAACGUUCCUGCUCUGAUCAAAAGGAUGGCUGUGGCUCUCAGUGUGUGAUCCAGCUACCUCAAGAUGGUGAAAGUCCAAACCAACCAAAGACUCCACCCGCUGAUAAUCACUCAUCAGUGAAAUCACCUGCUGACUGUUACAGCAUGUGCCCCUAAAAUUAACUUGCUCAAAAAUAAGACUGUGAUUGACUAAAACUAGUGAUGGAAAGUAACUAAGUACCUUUACUCAAGUUCUGUACUGAAGUACAAAGUUGAGGUUACUUUUCAGAUUCUAAUUUUUCACUCCCUUCCUGUCCAGUGAAAACCAUGUAUCUCCAGAUGUGGUGAUUGUGAAUGUUUGUGACGAAGAGUUUCCUUCAUGUGCUGAGAAAACUCCUCCUCCUCCUGAAGCUGAAUAAACUCGGAUCAGCUGGAAAACGCAUCGUCUGAGCUCACGAAAAGUUGACUUUUUGGAGAUACGUGGUUCUCACAGGACAGCCAUGCUGCAAACACGUGAUGAUCUUAUAGACCACGAUGCAUUGCUGCAGAUUAAACUACCCAACAGUUUAUAAAGCCAUUAAAAUGAGCUCAACCUUAAACAUCUGCAGCAGUAAAAUGCAACACACACAUUAAUGCAGCAGGAAUAUGAAUUCAGAAACAUCAGAUAUAAUAAUAAAACACUGACAGGUGACAUUUAUAUCCGCCUCAUCACCUGAAAUUCAUUAAAGUCUGAUGAUGACUGAAGGUUUCUUGCCAGGAGGAUUCUUGUUGUAGAAGCACUUCAUGAUUUAGAGACUCGUGAGGUUUUUUUUUUUUUUUUUUUUUUUUUUUUUUUUUUUACACUGCAGUUGUAACAACAGCUUUCAGGAGAAAACCCUGACAAGUUGUCCUGUUCCCUCAUCAGUGUGUGGUGUUCAGCUCGUCCCGGGGCUUACUUUGUAGUGAAGUGCUGUAAUUUCUUUGCAUCCUGUGUGCUUUUCUGCAGUAAUGAUGCAGAACUGAUGCGCGAAAAGGCUCAAGGGGAGGAAAGGCUGCAGUCAUUAGACUCCACAGUCUAUAAAUAAAAACCCAGAGGAAGCCUCAGACUCUCAUUUCUGGAGUCAUUUAGUUGUAUUGAUCCUGAUCAUACAGACUGUCAUUAUUUAUUAAUCUGCAGGGAUUUUCUCGAUUCGUCGUUUAGGAUAUAAAAUGUCAAAAAAAUAGUGGGAAAAAAUGCCUGUUACAAGUUCCCAGGGCCCAAACUGUCUUCAGGUAGCUUGUUUUGUCCGACCAACAGUCCAAAAGCCAAAUGUGUUCAAUUCACAAUCAUAUUAAACAGAGAAAAGCAGAAAGUCCUCACGCUGGAACCAGAAAAUGUUUGGAAAUUCUACUUGGAAAAAGGACUAAAAUGAUUAAUCGAUUAUCAAAAUUGUUGCACGUUAAUUUUCUGCUGAUCGACUAAUUGAUUGAUCAUUUCAUCUCCACAACAGACAAGCCAAGAAUUAUUUUAGAGAUCAAGAAGUUCAAGAUCAAAACUUUCAAAGUGAAUAAAACUGUUUAUUAAAUGAAGUGAUUUGAGAGCGAGAAAAGGCUUCCGGACACGGACACACACACACACACACACACACACACACACACAUUAUUAAUCAAACUAGCCUCUCUUGCUCUCUCUCUCCACCCCCCUCUCUCUAUCUUUGAACACACCCAUCAGUAUCCUCCUCCCCCUCAGGACGCAGGUGUGCGAGCAGCCGCGGGUGUGCGGAGCGCCAAACCCAAACUUUUUACGCACCGUGCCGCCGCCUCCCCGUCACGGUUCUCCCCCCCCCCUCCGUGGAUUAACACCUGAGCAUCGGCCGCUGCAGCUGUUCUGCCGUUUACGCCACAUUACAAUGGAUUAACGUUUCCUCGGGAGUCAUGCUCACAUUUUCGGCUCAUCCCGGGUCGCGCCGCCGAGUCCUCGCAGGGAACCGAUCCGACUUGGAUGCCCUCCAUUCCCGUUUCCGCAUUCCCGCAGCCGCCGUGCGCACUGCAGGCGUGUAGCCCAACAUCUCAACAGAAAAAACCGGUUCCUCCGGCUAAUCUACCCAACUACUGCUGGCGGUGCAUUAUGUUUCCAGCCAGAGGGAGAGAGGGAAACCGGAGGACCGAACGGCUGGUGACUGUCGGCUGUAACCGGCCGUUUUUAGGUUGAAGCGCGUCUUAUUGAUCGGUGUUACGGUAAAACCUGGAAUAACCCCGCCGCCGCGCUCCUUCAUGUCCCGGGAUGGAGAGUUGCUGCCGCUCCUGUAUGCCAUGUUUAAACCGGCUCUGGAACUGCAUUUGGCCCGAGUUCCGCUACCCAAACGUCCCCAACAACAACCAUGUCAUCGCCAACCCGGCCGCGCAGGCGGCGGAGAUCCGCACCGUGUCCGGCGAAAUCCGCGUCCCGUCGCCCAAGAAGCGGCCGGUGCAGCUUUACGCGGCGCUCUUCGACUUCGAGGCCCGCAGCGACGACGAGCUGACGGUGAAGGAGGGGGACAAGCUGUCGGUGAUCGAGAAGCGGGGGGAGUACGUGCUGGCCAAGAAGCUGACCGGGUCUCUGGAGUCCGGACUGAUCCCGGCGAACUACGUGGCUCUGCUGCAGGACGAGUUCGCCAAACACAAGUGGUACUAUGGGAACAUAAACCGUGUGAAAGCUGAGAAGCUGCUGCUGGCUUCCCAAAACAAAGAUGGCUCCUUCCUGGUUCGCAUCAGUGAGAGUCACAGUGAUGAGUACACAGUCUCUGCCCGGAGUGAGGGGAAGGUGUACCACUUCCGGAUCCAGCGCUCCUCCAUCGGCGCGUACUUCGUGUCAGAUAAGAUCUCCUUCGCUACGCUGGGAGAGCUCAUCUCCUACUACCAGAAAAACGCCCGCAGCCUGGGCGUGCUGCUGGAGGAGCCCUGCGUCCAGGAGCGGGAGCUGUUCGACAUGGAGCUGUGGGAGAGACCUCGAGAGGAGUUCAGACUCCACAAGAAACUUGGAGAGGGACAUUUUGGAGAGGUGUGGGAGGCUAUGUGGACCACACAGAACAAGAAAGUGGCCAUAAAGACGCUGAAACAAGAGGACACGAAGCAGGACGAGUUUGUGAAGGAGGUUCAGGCAUUGAAGAGCCUCCAUCACCCGAAGCUGAUCCAGCUGUUGGCCAUGUGCUCCAGAGGAGAGCCGGUCUACAUCGUGACCGAGCUCAUGAGCAAAGGAAGCCUCAAGUCCUACCUCGCCUCUGCUGAAGGCCAGGUGCUGACAUCAGCUCAUCUGAUCUACAUGGGCAGUCAGAUCGCGGAGGGCAUGGCCUACCUGGAGGACAGAAACAUCGUCCACAGAGACCUGGCUGCCAGGAACAUCCUGGUGGGUAACGAUCUGGUCUGCAAGGUGGCCGACUUCGGACUGGCUCGGAUUAUUAAGGACAGUGUGUAUACAGCCAGUCGAAACACAAAGAUCCCGGUGCGGUGGACGGCUCCCGAAGCGGCAAUUUACCAGCGGUUCUCCAUAAAAUCAGAUGUCUGGUCAUUCGGUGUCCUGCAGUAUGAGAUGAUGUCACGUGGCAAGAUGCCUUAUGAAGGAAAAAGCAACAAGGAAGUGUUGGAUCUGCUGUCAUCAGGGUUUCGGCUGCCCUGUCCAACCCGCUGUCCUCAGAAUAUUUACCGCAUCAUGAUGGACUGCUGGGCCGCUGAGCCCUCCAAGAGACCCUCCUUCCACGCCCUGCACAGCCAGUUGGAUACAAUAUAUGCCAAGAUAUAUUUCAAGACUAUAGAGGUAUAGAGAGCAGGAGACAUGGAGGAAGAAGAGGACGUUGAGAGGGUAUAAACAGUGCAGGAGCAGAUCCUCUGCAACUGGUCAUUGACAGCAGCCUGGACUGCAAAUAUGAAGAAGGAAAGGGGGAUGAGAAAUAUCAAGGAAUAUUCUCCUCCCCCUAUGCAAUCCACUUCCACAACAGGGUAUAUGUACUUUAAAAACACCAUGGUGUGAAAGGACAGAGGGAGGAGAGCAUCAGAAGUGGGAGAAGAUGCUCGCCCAUUAAAAGAAGAAAAAAGACAAAUUAGAAAUACUUAAUUUCUUAGUAAAAGAAGGCUGAAUGACUGAAAAUAGCCUGAGAAAGGUGUGUAAAUACACUAUCUAAAAAAAAAAAAAAACUUACACUAAAACCCUCAGCACAUUCACAGAACCAACUGUUUUUAAUUUUAUACCCUUUUGUGUUUUAUAAAUAAUAUUUUAUUACUUCUGUAUGUGCCAUGUCUGUGUAUGCACAUUUUGAAAUGUAAUGAAAUCGCAGGUUAGGACUUACAUUAAUCCCCUGUCUUUUGACGGCAAAACCAGUGCUGAAAUUGAGGUUAUGUGCAAUAAUUUAAGUGCUUUCUGGGUUUUUUAGCCACGCUAGCUGCCUGAUGCUAGAGAUGCUGAUGUGGAUUGUCGGUCCAACACUUUCAUCUACAGAUUGAAUUGAUUGCCAUGAUAUUUGGUACAGACCUUUGCGUUCCCCAAAGGACGAAUUUAACAAUUUUGUUGAUCCCAUGACUUUUCAAACGCCAGUCAAGUCAGAAUUUCCUCUUGUAGUAUCUUAUCAUGAACUAUUGAUCUAAUUCCCAUCGGCUUUAGCUGUACUUUGAGGUUAAAGGAUAGAUCAAACGUAUCUCUGAAUGAUUACAACAACCAAUAACUCUUUCGUUGUACAUAUGGCAUGCAAAUAAGACAGACUUGAAAAAAAUCUAAAAUGAUCUUUUAAAGGAAUAGUGUGACAUUUUGGGAUAUACACUUUGUUGUUCUCUUGCUGAGCUACAGUAGAUGAGAAGAUUGAAUCCACACAAGUUUCUACGUGGUUAACUAUGGAGCUAGAGCCAGGAGGCGAUUAGCCUAGCUUAGCAUAAAGACUGGACAGAGCCACGCCCUGGUUCCAAAGUUAAAUAAAAACAAAAUUUAAAAAAAAACAACAAAACACACCCACCCACACCUGUAAAGUUCACUGAAUAAUAUGUUGUAUCUGGUUUGUUUAACCUGUACACAAACAGAAAUGUAAAUACAUGAAACAGAUUUUACGACUUGCGGCCUGUGCGUGGUGACUUCCUGGAGUCUCAUUUGGUUUCCUGGGAAACUCACGGUGACAAUGAGACUCCAGGAAGUCACUGCGCCUGGCCCAAGCCCCCAGGAACGGGAGCUGAGAUAUGAAGCGAUUCUGGCGUAGUGGCCACAGGGGGUAUUGCAACUACUGGGAUCAUCAUGUGACGCCACUGGCCCAAAAAGCAUUCCCCCCCCCAUUCACAAUCAUUAGAAAAGGAUGCGAUGUAGUCCCUCAUUCGUCCAGGAGUGUUCUAUCGUAAGUCUAUCACAGUGUAUUAACACCUCGGUCACGCCAAUCACAUGCUAAUCAGGUACUUAACAGUGAUGAGGUAGUUGCAGCCAGAAAACAA